UCGCGAACUUCAACUUCUUAUAGUGUGGUGCCCUCAACGCGAGUCACCGUCGUCAAGGCCACUUGCAUCCAGUGUAUAGCUUCUGUAAUGGCGACCAACGAGAAUGAAUUGGAAAGUAACGAGUCUUUUGAACAGCGUAUAUUCAAUACUGUUCAGUCAGGAUUUCUAACAGUCUGUCUGUCUGUUGGAAGAGCCACUGGACUGUUCAAUACUAUGGCGAAGUUAGGAGAACCAAGAUCAUCACAUGAUAUAGCUCAAUCAGCUGGUUUGAAAGAAAGAUACGUCAGGGAGUGGCUCGGUGCCAUGGUAACUGGGAGAAUUAUUGAUGUAAAUCCGACCAAUGACACAUAUUAUCUUCAACCUCACCGAGCAGAAACGUUGUGCAACCCAUCUACAAUGAUAUUCAGCGAAGCAAUACCCGCAUUAUGUGAAGUUUACUCAGACAUAUUAGAAUGUAUGAAAACAGAUGGACCAAGAGGAGUGUCAUAUUCUAAAUAUAAUCUAUUUCAACAAUGGCUGGAAACGAAAGAAGAACUUCGUCUGGGCCUUCUACCAUCAAAAUAUCUGAGUAAUAUUUUGGAGGUCAAGACUUUACUCGAAUCAUCGGCUAUGGUGUGUGAGAUUGGAUGCGCAGGUGGUUUUGGUUUAUGUCAACUAGCCAGAGACUAUCCAACCUGCACAUACCAUGGAUUGGAUAUUUCAAAACCAUUCAUCGAUAACGCCAAAAUGAGGGCGAGCUCAAUGAAUCUACAAAACGUUACAUUCCACGUUUCAGACGCAACUAAGAUGUCAGAUGCAUGGACGGGAAAAUAUGACGUCGUAUACUGCUUUGAUGUUGUCCAUGAUGUCCCUAGGGCUGAUCUAAUUCUGCAGGAAAUCCAUCGUGUUUUAAAAGACGACGGUUAUUUCGUCAUGGUUGAGAAUAAAAGUUACACCAAACAUGCAGAUAAUAUUCCCCUUCCAAUGGCUCCUGCAUUGUAUACCGUGAGUUUAUUUGCGUGCAUGCCAACGUCACUCUAUUACGACGGAGGUUUAGGUCUUGGAGCCGCCUGGGGAGUAGAAAAGGCCAAAGAGAUGUUAAAUGAAGUCGAAUUUGAUUGUUUUUCUAUAACCGAUACCGCAAACAAAAUAUACGUCAGAGAAUGGCUUGGUGCCAUGGUUACUAGUGAUAUAGUAGAAGUCUACCCCGAGAGGAAUACAUAUUUCCUUCCACCUCAUAGAGUUAAAUCUUUGUCAAGAAAGAGAGGGGACGGUUGUGUAGCCAUUGCAUCGGAUGGUGUUCCGUUAAUAGCUGGCGUCUUCCAAGAUAUUUUGGCUUGUAUGAAGAAAGAUGGCCCUGCAGGUGAGUAUGAACUUAAUGGACAUAGAAAUUGCUGUAGAGUCGUCGUGGUAAUACAAAUCUAUUGUUCACACAUCAUUGAUAAUGGUCGUGGAAGCUAA